CGACGAUCCGGACCGUGCAUGAACCAAAGGAAGCAACGGAUACAUCCUUUUCUCUAAUCUUCCACACCCUUUUUCCGGAUGAGCGUGUUUUGCUUCAUCAUCACCUAGCAAAGCGGUUUCUCCAUGAUGUCACGAUGUGAGAAGCCUGCGGGGCUUCGUAAUAUUCGACCUUGUGUUGUUCUCGACGACCUAAGGCGCGAGAUCGACCUCAAACUCAGCACGGUCUUUCUAUUUCAGAUCACAACCUGACAUGAUUGAGACGCGAGGACGACCGACUGCCGUCCAAUUAAUUUCCUACGCAAGCAGUCAACCAAGCGGAUCUACCCCUUCUUCCAACAGGAACCAGUACGAGAGCCACAGGCCCAGCGAACGGCGGGUCUACCAUCCUGCUGCGCCCGCGGAUCGGUCCCAAUGGGCGAUGUGGAUGGGCAACGUCCCCAAGCACGCCGACGAGCAUGAUUUGCAGACGUUCAUUGCCGCACAAAAUCCCGACCACGGUGUCCUGUCUGUGUUUUUGAUCUCCAAGUCGAGCUGCGCGUUCGUCAACUUCGCUAGCGAGGCGCACCUGAAUGCUGCAAUCGAACAGUGCAAUGGCAAGCAUUUAGGCCCGGAUUGGACUCGGGGGCCGCCGCUGGUUUGUCGAGUCCGGACACUCAACGACGAUCUUUGGACUGGCGUUGGUGGGCAGCGAGGAGUUGGCCUGCACCGACAGUGGAUCAACAACCGCAUCGCAGCGCGUGAUGGCAUCGGAGGCGCUGAUUCGCCGAGCGCAGCUUCCGACGCCUCGACAACGUCGAGCUUCUUCGAAAAGCACUUUCCACGGCGCUUCUUUGUCCUCAAGUCGCAGACAAGAGAAGAGUUGGAUCGGUGUGUUGAAGAUGGAGUGUGGUUCAUCCAGACACACAAUGGGGCUGUUCUGGACCGCGCGUUUCGCACAUCUGACGAGACGAUCUUGUUCUUCAGUGUCAACAAGAGUGGCCAGUUCUAUGGCUAUGCCAGGAUGAGGACCUCAGUGAUGACGACGAAUGAUGCUAUCCAUGAUGGCCUGCCACCCGAUACAAUGGUUGCCGAAAAGUCCCCCAGCCCGUUUACGCCGAGUCCGUCGCCGCCCGGUAUCACUCAGUCGGCACCCAGUGUGAUGACUCCCGGGCAUCCGGACCUCCAGGAGUUCUACGAAGCUGGGAAAGACCUUCAUCAACCUAUCAGCCUCGAUGGGCUCCUUCAGCGGCACCAGGGCAUCCUCGAAGCUAGAUCGGAACCAGAACCGGAUGACCACCCUGAGCCUGGUCCCAUGAGUGACGGGGUGUCUGGCUACACCGCUCAAAUCACCGUCGAGUGGAUCUGCCUCGAGCCACUGCCUUUCAAACGGACGCGCAACAUUGUCAAUACAUGGAACCGUGAUCGCGAGGUCAAGAUUUCGAGGGACGGCACUGAGCUCGACCCAAAUGCUGGAUUAGCGCUUCUGGAGGCAUGGCGAUUGGUGCAGGAUGAGAGGAGACGCCGACAGGCGUGAACGUAUGAUCCUGCCCUCGGACUCCAGAGACAGGAAAUGCGACUGCGUUCUCGACUCCCGUGUUGUGGUUCGCUUCCUUUGGUAGUCUUCCCAGGUUCCAGGUGCACAGAGAUAUGCGAGCUGAUAUCUGGACACUUGCAAAUGUACUCCAUCUUACUGUAUCUUCUUUUCUCCCAGGUGCACCACUAUGUUUGGUGCUAUCUGUCUUUUUAUAACAAGUUACAUAACGUACACUUGGC